CUAACGUCCCUUGGUUUGACCGAUAUUUGAAAUAAUGCUAACUAUAAACAAAAUGUAUAGCAACAUUUGAACUGAAGCUUUCUAAUCUCUUUUAGAUAUCCGACUGCAAAAAACAGGAGAAACCAGAGUGAAGCCAAAGUGCGGCUGGAGCCAAGCGCCUGUCAGAAUGAACCAAGUCAAGAAAAAAGAGAAAUGUCAGACGUGUACACCUGUUCCCCAGGUGUGCCCCAUGUAUACACAUGUUUACCAGCAAACCAGCCACAGGAUGUAUCAAGGUCCCACCAACUUUAUGCUCAGGGGGGGACAGAACGUGCCAUCGGAGUCCAUGACCAGGACACCUGAUCCUCGUGCAACCACCCCUCAAUACUACAGUGUGGUGGACUGCAUGCAUCGAUUUCGUAUGGCCCAGUUACCAGGCACUGCAGGUGACCUGACUGCCUGCCAGCUGCGUAACCCCAGCUCCAGCCUCCCACAGGGGAUGGCAGGGGUCAGCACUCAUAGCAACCCCAAAGCCACAGAGGACAACUUACAAAAAAGGGAGCUCCGCUUGAUGAAGAACAGGGAAGCAGCCCGGGAGUGUCGACGAAAGAAGAAAGAAUAUGUCAGAUGCCUCGAAAACCGUGUGGCCGUGCUCGAAAAUCAAAACAAGACUCUGAUUGAGGAGCUCAGAGCCUUAAAAGACAUCUAUGGACACAAAGAUGGCAGCCACAGAAAGAACGCAGCAACAAGGCGAGAGAAGGAGCUGGAGAUCUGAAUGCUGAAGCACCACUGCUUUUGCUAUUAUCACCUUGACUGUAAUUUAUUUUAUAUUCCUUUAUAAUCAGUUAUAUAAUUUGGCUGCAUUAAAACAUUUAUAUUAACUUAUAAGGAUGGUCUGUUUUUUGCAGUGGAGGGUUUGUUCAGAAAGAUGUUCAAAGGGAAUAGGAUCUUCAGGGCUUCACAUGUAAACGUUCGUGUUUUAUUUUAUUCCACCACAGAAAUCCCAAUGCAAACACUACUACUAGGAAUUAACACACUAUCUCCCAUAUUCCACGUGUUUAAAGUAGAGGCCUACCAGGAGUUUUGUAUCUGUAUGAGGUUUUAUCUGCUUCUCACCUGUGACAUUCCUUAUUCAUGACCCUGCAUUUUUUUUUAUAGUUUUGAAUACUUGUUGAUAGUUUGUACACAAAAAGAGAAAAAUGAAUUUAUCUUAGUAAGAAUAAGUGUAUAUUUAGUUCAUUUGUGCAAAUUGUGAUAACUCACUGUUUUAACUUGCUUGUUUGUUGCAGAAAUCCAGUUUAUUUGCUUGAAUAAAGUUCUUGCUCAGUC